UCUAAUGACAACGCACACAAGGCUGCGUCCGCCUUGGUAAAAGUUUGUUGACAGUCGUCAGUAUUUUUCUGCGGAAGGAAAAAGAUAUUUGUGAUUAGAAUAAGGACACCUGAAGUAAUUGCUUGACAAGAAAAAAAAAAAUGGAGAAGAAAACACGAUAAUAUCGACGACAAUUAUUAAAAGGACGAUAGCAUUUCUUUAUCGCUGCAGUCAGGCAAUUUAAUACGAUAAGACAUUCGGCCUGUAUGCAGUGUCUCGCUUGUUCUCCAACCAACCGUACAUUUCAAGCUGCAAUGAUUGCAGUAAACUACAAAUACUAUGGCAGGACAUCUUUAUAAUGGAUGGCAUCGACGCGCAGGUUCCGAAACAAUGAUAAGAGUUUCUGCAGUUUGCAAGAGGGCGGUCAGGUGAGGCAAAGGUUAGCGCCUGUCACCAAUCCAGUGAAGGAAUGUGGAUGUGCUUGUCACAGCUGUAUUGGUGUGACGUCAAACCUUGAUCUCCAUGAGCAGAUAGAGGCCUUGCGGAGUCAGCUUCAGCGAAGUCAGGCCAGCCUUGGUCAGGUUGAGAUGGAGCUGAUAGAAGGACGGCAACUGACAGCUCAGGAACUGGCCAAGACGCGUGAUGAGCUGGCCAGACUGAGGGAGCGCUAUGAGCGGCUGAUAGAAAGCCACAAAAAGAUGCAGAAACUCAAUAACAAUCUGGAGGACAAGCUUUUGAAGCUGGUUAAUCAGUUUGAGUCAGAAAAGACCAACUUGCAGCAAGAGUUGUCCACCAUGACAACCCGGGUGCUGGAUGCCAGGGUGUACAUAAAUGAGCUUGAAGAAGAAAAUGACAAAUACCGAAGUGACUGUAAUGUAGCUGUUCAGCUGCUUCAGUGUAAGCCAUCCAAUUUUGUGGGACAGCGUCUUCAUGUGCUACCCAUAGAAUUGCAAGAGCGAGUACGCAAGCAUAUGACAAGAGAGCAGCAGCAGCAGUCUCAGAAGAGUGAAGAAGAGCGCCUGCUGCGUGUUCCAAUGCCAACUUUCCCACCUACAGCAAUGGUCUUCUCACUGGACUCUCGUCACCCUGGCAGUGCAAAUUUGGCCAAUGGAAACAGUCCAGGAGAGGACAAGGAGACUGUGCCAAUGGCGAUCAUUGCCAAGGUUCUUACGCAGGGACCAUCAAAACGGAAUCCACAACGAUCAUAUCUGUGUGUCAGUUGCCAUCAGGACAUUGUGAUGGCCGAUAAAGCCACUCAGGCUAAUUUGCUGCUGGACCACAGCAUUGUUGUUGAUCGCAUUCCCACAAAUGGUGUUCACCAAGGUACUGCGGCUAAACUUUAUCGCACAGACUCCACAGAGUGUGGAUCGUAGUUUUUGCACAACUAAGAUCUAGCAUUGAAGUAUUUCUAACUCAAAAUGGAAGGAAAUCAAAAAAAAAGGCAGAUCUAGAGCACACAGGUAUUUUUCUUGGCCUGUUUAUUCUUGCUGAAAAAUAUCUUGUUCCUUUUUUUUUCCUUCUUAAAACUGAAGGUGCUGGAAAAAUACUGAUUUUAGGAGAACUGAAUAUACAGGAAAGAUAUAGCCUUCACGCUUCUUUAUUCAGUAAAGGCUUGUGCCCACCACUGAAGGGAGGUAAACAAUGGUCAUGUGUAACAUAUGCAUUUUGUUAUCUCACAAAGAGAAAUAACUAGACUGAAGUAUAUCUUUGGGUGAAAGGAGAUAAUUUGGACAGCAUACAAAGGUCAGACAUCUUGUCUUUUAAGCAAUGAGCAUUGUUUUGAGUAUUAAAGCUAGCUAUUAUUGCUCCCAAGUGUACAUAAACAGCUACAGUUUGAUCCCCAAAAAAGAAAUAACCUAGUUUAUACAUGGCUGGUGGCAUACAAACAGUAAAUAUAAUGGAAACAACAGGUAAAAUCCAUGGCUGAUUUCUCUCGAUUGUGGAGAAAACAGUGUUGGCUACAAAGACCAACUCUACAUUAACAAAUCAUCAUCAAACAACAUUUUUCCAAUAUCAAUAAUAUAAAAAUUCCAAAUUGUCUUACCAACUCAUUGAUACUACAUAAGUGCUUGAGAGCAAGAGGUCCUUCAAUAUCUUACAAUAUUUAUCUCUCAAAUUUAGGCAGGGCAUAUAUAUAGCACAUGGAGUUCAUCCUCUGUCAUAACUUGGUAGAGGGGACAAUGGCAAGCUACUUUGAACACAUGUUCAUAGUGAGAAUUGGAACUUUUGUAUUAGGCCUAGGUCCAUUUCAAGGGGGGAGGUAAGCAAAAACAAUAACAAACAUCCUGAUUAUAAAUUAAUGCAACUACAAUUCUGUAAAAUAUACCACUAUAUUAUUAUACAAUAAAGCAAUACCUGUUGAGAAAUGUAACUGGCUAUGAUCGAAAGGGCAUCCUUCUAUAAAAGCAUUUGAGACUGAGGGGCAAAAAAGGGAUAAGAUAGUUAUUAAUGAGCUUGUAAUCAGAACUUGUGUUUCUAAUACAAGGAUGAUGGGAAUGCAAAUCAGAUCAAGUCGUAUCAACACUGGCUGCAAGAAAAAUAAAAGGUAUGUAUAGGAGGUACUAUACAACCAUGGUCCAUCACUAAACAUUAAAAUAAUAGCAUGACUUAAUUAAAACCCUCAACAAUCUUUUACAAGAUAACAGGUGGAUUUUCUUUACAGCCACUAUUUGGUUUAACCCUCAAAUUUCAGAAGCAUUCAAUAACAGGUGUACAAUUUGUAUAUCAAAGAUUUUGAAAAACAUUGUAGCAGAGUUGUAUUUUAGCUUGCCCACUGUUGUCAGCACUUCAGUUGUGCCCUUUUUUUGCUUUAAUCACUCUAUUGUUCACUAUUAAUACUUAAUUUUGUAGAGAAUCCAAGUCCAAGAUAUUUAUAUUUACCACUUCUAGGGUUUCCUCCCCCUAGACUCAUCAUUGCCAAGUUACUACCUUUUCGAAAGACAACAAUUUUUGUUUUAUCUAGGUUAGCUUUCAAACAGAUUUUCUGGGCUGAUUGAUGCAAAACUCUAAGCUGGUUUUGUAGUCCAAUAACAGUUGAUAUUAAUGUCAAGUCAUCAGCAAAAAAUAAGAGGAAAAGUUCCAUUUGGUGUGGUGUUAGUGGGACUCAUGUCUACCUUUUGAUAUGUCUUGAUCUAAUGAGUUAAUAAGAAGUGAAAGAGUGUUAAGCUGAGCACACAGCCCUGCUUCAGACCUAACAAGCAUUUAAAGAAAUGCAACAUUGUCUGAGUGCCAUCUCUGACACAUGCCUGGACAUCUUUGCACAUGCUUUUUAUUAUCCUCAACAGUUUACCCUUUUUACCCAUUUUGCUAGUUCCUGAAGUAAUAUUACUCAUUGCACAUUAUUAGAAGCUUUCUGGAAAUGUUUAAAUGCUACAUAUUGCUUCAUGUUUUGGGAUAAUUGUUUUUUUACUUUUUAAUUGUUGCAUAUAAUGUGAAAAUAUGGUCUACUGUUGAGUAGUUCCUGCGAAAACCUGUUUGUGUUUCAUCAAUUAUUUGAUUACGUUAGUAUGGUUUGGAAGUGCUUUACCCAAUCCUCUUCACUUAUUUACCCCACUACACACUGUUUUCUUUGGUAUCUCAUAAUUUCCUCCCAAAAGUCCUUUGGUUUGUUGUUCAAAAGACUUAAUUUUUAAUUGGUUGUUAGUUUGUUCCUUUACUGUUUGCAGUUUUCUAUAAGCUUUUCUUUCUCUGCUGUAAGCUAUUCUGUCUUCCUGUGCUUUCUUCUUUCUAAACUUUCUUAAACACUUUCUUAUUAGUCUUGUCUUGUUUUUACAUUCUUUAUCAAACCAUGUACGUAGAGUGACAUACCCUCUUGUGGUGUAACUAAUUACGUUCUUUAUUAAACACUCGACAGCCUUUUUCAUGCCCUCAUUAAAUAUGGUUGUUUCAAUAUCACUUGACACUAUUUUAGUAGCCUUACUUAAAGUGAGUGUAAAGGAUUCAUAUUUCUUUACACCAUCUCAUUUCUUUAAUUCAAUUUGUUGCUUGUCUUACCAAAUUCUAAAUUCUACAUGCUUGUGUGAGGAUUCUGCUCUAUCACUAAUGGUCAAAUCUAUAAUCCUGUGGGUAAAAUCUAGUGAAGCAAUCCAAUAGUCUACUACUGUUUCUUUGAUCUGCUAGAGGUCUAGUAACAGUCUACCAAAAGCAUUGCUCUACAUCCUCUGAGUGUCUACCAUGGCACAUCUCAUCCACCAGGUUUCUUCUAGUGGGUGUUUUAUUCACAUAAUCUAUUCUCUAAUUAAUAUCAUCACAUUGGCUGUACUUGCAUCCAUACCUCCACAUAACAGAAUACAACAAUGAUCAAAGGAUAACAUAAGGGCAGUUAGUCAUUGCUCUACUUUCUAAAUGUGGCUAUCUGAUUCACUCUUCUGAUAAUAGGGUGAUCUUACAGGUGGUACUUAAUAAUGAUUAACAAUAAUUAAAUCCCUUAAACCACCACAGAAGGUUUUGCACAGCUUAAAAGCACUUGUUCAUAAAGUAUAUAUACUUUUUCUCUUGCUAAUCUUAGAACAUCUAUCUUGCCUUUGAAUGCACUGUAGUACGUACUUCCAAAGGGCUUCAUCCCUCAGACCGAUCAGUUGUCCUCUUUCCUCUUAGGGACCACUUGCUCUGACUUAAGUGGUGUCAUGUAAAUUGUAGCCUGGCCAAGUACUGGGCUCCUAGUCCCUGCUCUGAGGUAUUCUUGAGUUUAACCCCAAAUGUUUUUAAAUGGUUUCCUUAUAACAUGCAAAUUUUUUUUGUGGAUAUUUGGAUAUGCUUAUCUUAUGAUGGUAGAUUCUUCAUCAUGGUACACAUUCCCUAGGAAAUGUAGCUGCCUCAUUGCCUCAUGAUUAGGAAAUUGUCAGUAGCAGUUAUCUUAAACCCCAAAGUGUUGGUUGAUGACAUAGUUUUUAGUCCAUGUGCUUAGGGUGACUGCUUUUACAUCCUUGCUAAUCAAAGACAAGGAUCAGAGUUGAAGGUACUGAUGUUUUCUAAUAUUCUGAUGUGUUUUUGCUUUGCAUAUACUGUUAUUGAUGUUUAAGUGAUGGACAUGGAGUUUACUGCAGUGUUCUGACUGCUGUUGCAUUAACAUAGUGUGACUAAAGGUAACAUGAUGACAGCAGUUACAUGCAGGGCUCAGUGUGCUUAUUAUUUCCAGAGAUAAAUAUUAAGGAUGACUGAGAUUUGACGAAAUGUGUUUACAGGCUGAUUAAUGAGAGUUGUAUGUGAAGGAUGAUCUGAUGAACCAGAAUGUCAAAGGAGUGCUCACAUCUGCAUUUUUGUUUAUAAAACUAGAACCUGUGUAUUUUAGGCAACAUUUAUGUGUAUAAUGGAGGUGAGAAUUAUACAGUCCUGCCGCAACGGGAAUUUAGCACAAAAAAAUCUCAAAAAACAAAUCAGAUUUUUGUUACACAUUUAUUCAUUUUGGGUGCAUAGACUUAGAGGUUUAUUUUAAUUACGUGGGGGUAUAUGUACACAUUUAUAUAUGCACUUGCUUGUGCCUGUGUUCAUGAUUAUAUGUGACUUUUUAUUUUGCUUACUAACUGAUCCAUUCCCGGAAAAUCUAGAUGCGAGGCUUGCUGAAGUUAUAUAUAUAGAUUUGUGCGAAGUAUUGAGAUUCGCUGAGUAUGCCAUGAGUCUUAAAAAUGACAUGUAUAACUUCAGUUUUUUUUAACUGUGCCAUAAUAAUGUUUCAGCCAAGUGUAUCAUAGCAAAGAGAUGCAACAUCCCCAUUGUUAAUCCUCAGUACCUGAGUCAUGUUCUUAACUGUUAGGAUAUGAUUUUCUACUGAAGUACACAUGGUCAGUGUCCACAGAGCUGAGAUGUAUUUUUAUUUUUGCAGAAGAUGGGGUUAAAGAGUCGGUGUGGUUGCAAGAUUGAGUUAGGAGUCGGGGGCAGAACCAUAAACCAUGCUCAGAUAAAUAGAAUAUUGCAACUUAUUUUAACCUAUAGCUCACAAUUUUCCCUGUAUUAAUACUGUACUUUUCACCAAAGACAACUGAAGCAGCAAAGUAGUUGGUUAAAACUUGUAUUACUGGACUGCUGGCAGACGAUUUUUUCCCAGUUAACUCCUAAAAUGAGGCAUUAGACGACAAAGAAUCCGGUUUAGUCACAUUCUUUGUUUAGACUCGCCAAGACUAACAGCAAAGAACUUCGCAAGAGGCUAAGCGUUGGUCUUGGCAGACAGACAGCAAUCCACAAGUCCAUGGUAAAAUUUUUUUUUAAUCUUUUAUUAUUGCUUUAGGCCUGUCAAUCUUUCUAAUUGAAAAGUUUGCUAUCAUUGCAUUACUUUUCAUAGCAGCAAAUUUCUUCCUCUGUGAACUCUUAAUAGGUUGCCAGACAGGUAUACUUAAUACAGAAAGUUGUAUUAACAAAGCAGCUACAACAUGAGACUGUUCUCCCACAUUACUGUGAAGUCAUGCCUGUUAUGAACUAAGGUUCUUGCCAUCACCUGCUGCAUGCCUACUUCACAGCGAUCUGCCAGAGCUAGCAGUCAUGUGUAUUUUGCAUGGUGUACUUCGUGCUGUGGAAUACUUGCAUAGCAAAGGUGUCAUACAUAGGAGAGUGAAGGCUAGCCAUGUUUUAAUAUCGGACACCGGACAGGUGUCUCUCACUGGCCUCCACAACUCCACACUCGUCCUAGGCCAGCGCUUGUGAACUAUGACUAUCCAAACAUGCGGAUGGUUGCCUCCAGUAUUUCAGUCUGGAAAUUCUUGAACACAAUCUGGCUAUUUCUCGGUGAUUGUAAAACUAACCUGAUGAUCUUAUUGUUGGAAUUGGACUAUUUUUCAGUGAUUACGAGACCAGCAUCCAUUAUUAUGAUGUUUGUUUUUCGUUUUUAGCAUAAAAGAGAAAAAGUGCUUUUAACCCGCCUUUAAUGGUGGGGAAAAGCACUAUAUAAAUAAACAUUCUUCUUUCUUGAUAUUUUCAGCCUACAUUGAAAAGGUGAAGGUAUGACUCGUUGAGGGCAGGAAAAGAUGCUUUGAUGCUGAAACAAGGUUCUUUUUUUAUUAUGUGCACACCCAAAUGGUGAACAUAUAUGCUGUUAUCAAUUAUUUCUGGGCGUUCUGAACCUAUUUUAAAAGUUGAGGUACCGUAGCGUAGGUGUCAUUUUUAAGAAUUAUUUAAACACAACUUAUAUUUGAUUUGAAGUAUUUAAUUUUUGUACAGCUUCUAAAAGAGCAGAUGAUAAAGGCAACAAAGGAAAUAAGAGCAAUGAAGGAUUUGCAAGACGACAUCUGAACCUCCACCUGCCUUUCAAGUUCUACGACCCAUGAUGGAUGUACAUAAGAUCUGGUCAUUGGUUCCAUAGCCUAACCUUGUGCCGAUUACAAUUUCUUGAGCUUUGAUAGCAUCAUAGCACCCUACUGCUGGGUGGCCUGUAUAGUUUAAUUCCUUAAUUUUGCAUAAUUGUAAGGAAUUGUAUAGCGUUUUCUUCAACAUCAUUUUUGGUUUGACAUCUGCUUGAAUCUGUGAUGGUUGUAAGCUAGGAUUCUUGAGAGGACCAAAAUUACUGUAUGAAAGAGAGCAUGCAUACUGUAGAUGCUAAUGAAAGAAAGCAAGCAUAAGAGACUUAGUUGUACCUUUUCCUUUCAAUUUAAAUUGAAGCACAAUUGAAAUUGUGUUGAAUUUGAUCAGCUAUUUUUGGGGUGAAAUUGUACAAUGCAUACACUGGAUUUUUUUAAUGUCACUUGGUAAAUAAAACGCUCUACCUUGUU